AGCCGCAUCCUGCGGAGGGGCGGGAGCAGCCGGGCUGGCCCCGCGCCAUGCAGAGGAGGAGCAGCAAAUCCCCGGAGCACGUUAAAAAGCGAGGCUGAGCGGCAGCCGGGGAAGGAGGAAAACACCCCCAUAGAAGGCAGCGGAGCAGCGGCGGCAGCAGCGCCCGCGACACCGCGCAGGGGCCGCGGCUGCCGGAGCCAAACUUUCCGGCGGCGGCUCGGGCGGGCCCGGCGGUGGCUGCGGCUUUUCCCGCGGCAAGAUGCCGGCCGCGCUGCCCAGCCUGCUGGCUUGGCUGGCCGUGCUGCUGCUCGGCAGGGCCCGCCCGGCUGACGCCUGCAGCUGCUCGCCCAUCCACCCGCAACAGGCCUUCUGCAACGCGGACGUAGUGAUCCGAGCAAAGGCCGUGUCUGCGAAAGAGGUGGAUUCAGGGAAUGAUAUAUAUGGGAAUCCGAUCAAACGAAUCCAGUAUGAAAUCAAGCAGAUCAAGAUGUUUAAGGGCCCUGACAAGGACAUCGAGUUCAUCUACACGGCUCCAUCCACUGCCGUGUGUGGCCGGCUGCUGGACACCGGCGGGAAGAAGGAAUAUCUCAUUGCAGGCAAGUCAGAGGGCAAUGGGAAGAUGCACAUCACGCUCUGCGACCUGGUCUCCACCUGGGACUCGCUGACCCCCACCCAGAAGAAGAGCCUAAACCAGCGGUACCAGAUGGGCUGUGAGUGCAAGAUCUCGCGCUGCCUCUCCAUCCCCUGCUUUGUCUCCUCCUCGGAUGAGUGUCUCUGGACAGACUGGGCGAUGGAGAAGAACAACGUGGAUGGGCGGCAGGCAAAGCACUACGCUUGCAUCAAGAGGAGCGAUGGCUCGUGCGCCUGGUACCGUGGCAUGGCCCCCCCCAAGCAAGAGUUUCUCGACAUUGAGGACCCCUAAGCCAAAUGAGUGCAUUCCAGUAGCCAGUAGAAAAAAAAACCUGCGAGAUGUUAGACUGGUCCACGCUGAUAUCAAUUCCUGGAGACAGCAUGAAAACCUGCUCGGCCGCAGGGGUCCCCGGGUUGCGGUGCCUGCCACGCAUGUGCAGGGACGGGGACCCGCUGUGCCACAGGCACCUGGCAGCCCACAGCUGUGCCAGGCAUUACCUGUGCUGGCGGUGGGGCUGAGCAGGGUGUGGGGGGACCCCCACGCUGGGGCCGUGUCCCCAUCAGGCCAUGCCCAGCCCUGGUGACCCGGCAGCUGUGAAGGUAUCAAAGUCUCGUGGGUGGUGGGAGCUGCCCCCUCCGUGUAGCUGGUCUACGAGUGCCCCCAGCGUGGGAGACCCCCAGCAGCUCUCGCAGACAGCCCUCCCCACCGCAAUGUCCCCGGCCACCCUCUGGAGCCAGGGACCCCACUGCCCCUCCUCACCCACCACCCAUCCUUCCCAUUGGAAUGCAGGGAGGGUCCAUUCCUCCAGCUCAGGGGGACUUCACCAUUCAGCAGAGCCCCCAGCUCUGGGCCAGGGGCUACAGCUCCCGCACAGGUGCCUUGUCCCAAAAAGCCGGAGGGGCACGUUAGCACAGCUGGGGUGAUGCCCCUGCCUGCACCCGGGCGCUGCUGCCCCUCUCCAAAUCCUCUCCUCCCCUUGGGGACAUGGAGGUGAGCACGGGAUUCGACGCCUUCCCCAGCGUGGCAGAGGGGAGACUGAUUCCACCACAGCCUUCUGCAAAGAUGGAGAACCAGUGCCAGACCCUUCUGCAGCCACUGUCGCUGGACAGUCUCAGGCCUGGCAGCCUUUGCCGGUAGCGGGGCUCGGUGGGGACCCCCCUGGCCGGGCACUGCGGUAGGAGCUCCGGCUGUGCGGGCACAGGGUGUUUCUCACUGUCCCGUGCAGCUGCUCCCUCUGCGGCGUUGGGGACGGAUCCCGUCCCCCAUCCCGUCCCCCUGUGAUGUUAAGCCCCGCACACCUCGGGCCCCGCUUUCUCUGAGCCAUCCCCAGGCCGCAGCGGCGCUGGCGUGUGCCGGGCAGCACCCGCAUCCCGCAACACCCGCAUCCCGCAGCCUCGGGAACGAUCUCUCCCUCCCCUGCUCCGGGGGGCACUUUCAUGCUGUGCGUCCCUGUAAGGUUUAAGAUGUCGUACUGGACCAGUCUGGGCCAUUUCAACCUAUUAAAAAGAGAAACAAUUUUAAAAAGAAAGUAAAAAAAAAAAAAAAAAUAUAAGAAAAAACCCAAAACAACAAAAACCACCCCAACUCUAAUCAAUCCCAUAUACGACUCCCGUUCGCUUACUGUAUGGUUAUAUCAUAUGUGCCAUUUGCUCCUGUCUCUGCUGGUAGUCUUUAUCUUUGAGUUUUAAUAUUCCCACUUGUUUUGCCACCG